GAACAGGAAGGGCUUCAGACACGCCAAAGAAGGGGGAAGUCUUGCAGCCGGAGCCUGGGAAGAUUUACUCUCAAUUAGAGGCAACCCAAGAGAAAGGGGCAGGAGAUGGAAGAGCAGGACCCAGAAGAAUCUGGAGCUAGCAAGACAUCAAGGAACGCUGGAAGUGGUGCUGUAUUUUGGGAAAGAGCUGUUCCAGAGAUGUUUGUUCAAGGCACUAUGAUUGCAGAUGUACGUAGCCGAUGCUUCCGGCAGUUCUGCUACCACGAGGCUGAUGGGCCCCGAGAAGUUUACAGACAGCUCUAUGAACUUUGUAACCAGUGGCUGGAACCAGAGAAGCGAACCAAGAAGCAGAUCCUGGACCUGGUGAUCCUGGAGCAGUUCCUGGCCAUCCUGCCCCAGGAAAUGCAGUGCUGGGUCAGAGGAUAUGGACCAGAGACCAGUUCCCAGGCGGUGGCCCUGGCCGAAGAUUUCCUUCUGAGUCAGGCAGAGGAGAAGAGCCAGGCAGAGGAGGUGUGGGAAGGAUCUGUGAAGGUGGAAGCAAAGUCCUCUGAAACAGAAGGAUCUCCAUCACAGGAAGGUCAGAGGGCACAGGCUCAGGAGGAUGCUCAAGAUGCCCUGCCAAGGGGCAGUGAAGAGACAUUGCCGAGCUGUCAUCUUUGCAGAGAAGGGGAAAUGAUUGCUUCAGCUUUGGUCCAGUCUCCAUUUUCUUCUGAGGAGGUGGUCGAGUAUUUCACUGAGGCUAACCGAGUCUUGCUGGAUCCAGACCAAAAAGAAGUCGUGCUGGAGAACAAUGAGAGUGUGGCCUCUCUGGCAGGAGAUGGUCAGAAGAAUGAGGAGGAUGAGGAACUACAUCGUCUAUCACCAGAUGAAGUUAAUAAUGAAGACUUGAGAGGAAACCUCAACAGUCAAGUUGGACCUAAGAGGCAGAAAGGCAGCUACAUGGUCAAGAAGGGGGAUCAAAGUACAGGAGAGAAACCUUAUAGCUGCUCAGACUGUGGCAAGAGCUUCUCAAAGAAAUCAAACCUUGUUCGACACCAAAGAAUUCACUCAGGAGAGACGCUAUUUAUCUGCUCAGAGACUGGAAUAGCAUUCUCUGGCGGAGGAAAGGGUAAUAUACAUUUUACAGAGCACAUUGUAACGAAAGCACAGAAAUGCUUUCAGUGUGGAAAGAACUUCAGAUACAAAUCACAGCUCCUUGUGCACCAAAGAAUCCACAGGGAGGAGAAACCUUUUGAAUGCUCAGAGUGUGGAAUGAAAUUCAGUCAGCGUGGCCAUCUCCAACAGCAUCUAAGAACCCACACAGGGGAGAAGCCUUUUGAAUGCUCAGAGUGUGGAAUGAAAUUCAGUCAGCGUGGCCAUCUUCAACAGCAUCUAAGAACCCACACAGGGGAGAAGCCUUUUGAAUGCUCAGUGUGCGGGAAGGGAUUCAGUCAGAGUGGCCAUCUUCAACAGCAUCAAGUGAUCCACAGAGGGGAGAAACCUUUUGAAUGCUCAGAGUGUAACAAGAGAUUCAGUCAACGUGGUCAUCUUGAACAGCAUCUAAGAACCCACACAAGAAAAAGCAAUGUAACUUUGACUACCCUGUAAUUUCUUGGUUCGCCUCUGGUUCUCUUUUUAAAAACUGGUGUGACAUUUCCUACGCUCCUGUCUUCUCAUACAGUGGCUGAAUUUAAUGAUAGGUCAUUUAGCUAUAUUCUCUCCCCUAAGAUGCUGAUUGGGGUCUAAGGAAGGCACAUGAAUGCUUUCAGUGCAGCCCCUUACAUAGCUGCUUAUACUUGCAGACAGUUUUAGACAGGGCUUUUCUUUGAGUACUCAUGGAUACUGAGUAUCAGAGCCUUUUCUGGGGGAGGGGCAUUCUACCAAGUCCUGAAAGGGAUGCAGUGCAACUUUAUAUCCGCACGGGCACAUUUAAAACAUGAAAGCACUGAUUUUAGGGGUUCUCCUUAUGCAUGAGGUACAGUUUUGGUGUAGGAGAUGCAGGGUAUACAAUGUCAAGAUGAAACUGGACCAUUUUCUGCGGACUUGACAGGACAGCAAAAGUGCAAGAAUCUACCUGCUCACUGGAUUCUCUGUGGAUCCCUUCUCAUAAGCAGGGUGCUAGUGACACUCAAUUUAUAGACAGCUUGCAAGACUUCUUUAUAUGGGAAUCUGGUCCUCUCUGCACUCAGUUGAUAUGCUAUUCAGCUUGGACCAUGUCCAUACCACUGAGCUGGAUUCCAGCCAUGACAAUUACCCCAUGACUUUUCUGUCAGAAUGUAUUUGUGCAAACAAUCCAAAUAGAAUAGGAAUUAGCUUUUCUUUGUUGCUCCUAUUAAAUUCCACACUGUUCAUAGCUUUUUUGUUUUGAAGCUCAAAGCUUCUUUUUUCAUUCUUGAACAUGUUCUUUUCAAGUGCUACAGUCAGACUAACACAGCAACCUAUUGUGGUUUCAUUCUUGAGUAGUGGCAAAUGUAAGGUUUUAAAAAACGUUUAGUACAGCUGUUUUUCCACUUUUAAAAUGUGUUAUUGAAAAUUCAAAAUAAACAAAAAUACAACAAUA